AUGAAUGUACAUAGAAUGAAAAAAAAAACAUCAUCAUCAUCAAAGAUGCUAUUAGUGAAGUUCGUGAAUGGACUGCGGAAAAAGUCGACCUAUAGAAAUGCAGCAGCAAGUUUAAGUGGCAAAAUUAUGAUGAAACGACACGAUUUGUGUUUAGUCAAUUACAGCUUUAUUUCAAAUCGAUUUCAUGUUGUUGAAUUUUUAGAGAUAUAA